ACCAGCUAAAAUGAAAGACCAUCUUGAGAGAAUUCAUUCUGAUAAAAAGGAUAAAGAUCUUGAUUUUUUUUUUAAACACUUAAAAGAAAAUUUGCAACACGACAAAAUAUAAAAAGUUUUAUGAAGCCGUCUGCUUCUUCUAUAAUUGAUAUUGAAGGAGGCUUAAUCGCUUCAUACAAGAUUUCGCUCAAUAUAGCAAAAAAGGGAAAACCACACACAACUGCAGAAGAUAUAGUUGUACCUGCAAUUAAAGAUGUCAUUGAAAAUGUAAUGAAAAAAGACUCCGUUGAUGUUUUAAAGUGCUUACCAUUAAGUGCGAGUUCAGUAAAACGGCGUAUUGAUGAAAUGGCCGAAAACGUCGAAAAUAUAGUAGUUUCAGAGCUCAAAAAUUGCAAAUUUUCUAUUCAACUUGAUGAGUCUGUAUUUGGUGUUUCUUCUCUUCUUAUGGUUUACGUCAGAUAUUUUAGUAAAAGUAAAUGUCAAAUCAUUGAUGAAUUUUUAUUUGCUAAAUAUCUUGAAUGUGAUGGAAAAGUUCUGACAAUAUAUCGGAAUUUAGAAGAAUAUUUGAAUAAAUACGACAUUUCAAUUAACAAUAUAAUAUCAGUAGUCACAGAUGGAGCACCUGUUAUGGUAGGCUGUUACUGA